AGGUAUUUAUUUUAAGGCUGUGAGGUAUUUUCUAUCGGUAUUGAUGCGGUCACGCAGUUUCAAACUAUUUUUGGCAGGCAGGAAAAUUUUUCUCCAUUAUUUGUUCAAAUAGAAUGACUCAAAAGUGCGAGACCACCAACUGCGGCAAGGAUGCGACCCUGCAGUGUCCCACCUGCCUGAAGUUGGGCAUCAAGGGCUCCUUCUUCUGUUCGCAACCAUGCUUCAAAGGAUUCUGGAAGGAGCAUAAGGCUAUCCAUGCUUUAGCAGCUGGUGCCUCGAACUCUGCCGAACAGGAUGGAGCCUACAAUCCGUGGCCGCAGUUCCGCUUCACAGGUAAGCUGCGCCCGUUCCAACAGACUCCCAAGCGGACAGUUCCGAACGCCAUACAGCGUCCGGAUUACGCCGAUCAUCCGGCUGGGCGUUCACUCUCCGAGGAAGCCCUUCGUGGUACCAAGAUUAAGGUGCUGGACGACGAGGAGAUUGAGGGCAUGCGAGUUGCCGGUAGAUUGGGGCGGGAGUGCCUGGAUGAGGGCGCCAAAGCCGUGGAGGUGGGCACCACCACCGACGAACUGGAUCGCUUGGUCCACGAGGCCGCCAUCGAGCGGGAGUGCUAUCCGUCGCCCUUGAACUACUAUAACUUUCCCAAAUCCUGUUGCACAUCGGUCAACGAGGUGAUUUGCCACGGCAUCCCCGAUCAGCGUCCUCUACAGGAUGGAGAUCUCUGUAACAUCGAUGUGACCGUCUAUCAUCGCGGCUUCCAUGGCGAUCUCAACGAGACCUUCUUCGUGGGCAAUGUCUCGGAGAAGCACAAGAAGCUGGUGCAGGUCACCCACGAGGCGCUCAGCAAGGCCAUUGAGUUUGUGCGUCCGGGUGAGAAGUAUCGCGAUAUCGGCAACGUGAUCCAAAAGUAUGUGGCACCACAUGGGUUCAGCGUGGUGCGCAGCUAUUGCGGUCAUGGCAUUCACCGUGUUUUCCAUACAGCGCCCAAUGUGCCUCACUAUGCCAAAAACUCUGCCGUAGGAGUAAUGGCCCCUGGCCACUGCUUCACCAUCGAGCCCAUGAUAUCCGUUGGCGUCCAGAAGGCUGAAACCUGGCCAGAUGACUGGACUGCUGUGACCGCCGAUGGCCUGUACUCCGCCCAGUUUGAGCAGACGCUGCUGGUCAACGAAACCGGAUGCGAAAUCCUCACCAAGCGUCGCGAGAACAACGGACAGCCCUGGUUCAUGGACAAGAUGUGAGGGGCGACCAACUUGGGCUAAUAUAUAACUUCUAGGGCUAUCGAUCAAGCUUUAAUUUGUAAUUUUACAAUAAAAUCUAGAGUUUUUAUUCCCAAGUCCA